UUCGAACUUUUCCCCAUACAGGCAUUAGACGCGAUCUCUGCUUUCAAGUGACCAAUUCAGAGACUUUCUUCUGGAUUCCAAGUUGUGCUCACUUAAUUCUUGAUCCUUGUUUCCGAUCCCAGCAACUACCCUCAACGCUCCUUCCAGACGAUCAAGAUCUUUUCCCACCAUCGUACAACAAGCUCAUCAGGCUCUUUUACAGACAACAACCACGCACCAUGUACGAAUGUGAGACAUGUUCUCGCCAAUUCCAUUCAUGGUCUGCCUGUAAACAGCACAUGACCGCUAAGGGGCACUGGGAGACAUUUGGAUGUGAGACCUGCGAAGAGGAGUUUGAGACAGAAGAGGAAGCAGAGGACCAUAUGCAAGAAUGCGAUCACUACGCGUAUGACUACUCCUGCGAAACCUGCGAGGAAAUGUUCCGCACAGAGGAAGAUGCAGAUGAUCACAUGGCAUACUACGGCCACUAUGGUCCCCGGUUCCCCUGCGAAACAUGCGACAAGCUGUUCUACAAUUCUCGGACGGCCAGUCACCACAUGGACGCUCUGCAGCACUGGGCUCCCAAGGUAGGAUGCGAGACGUGCAACGCGGUUUUCUAUACACAGGAUGCUGCAAAUCGGCAUAUGACCGCAAAGGCACACUUCAAAAAUUACUGCCCCAGUUGUGACAGAUGGUUCCAGAACGAAAACAACCUACAGCAGCAUCUGAGGUCGAAGAUUCACCUCGGCCGGAACUUGCUCUGCCCCUUCUGCAAGAACAUGUACACCACAGCUAGUGGACUGGCUCACCACCUCGAAACCGGCUCCUGCACUUGUGCUCCCAAUCUCAACCGCGAGUCCAUCCAUGAGCUGGUGCGUCGUCUCGAUAAACAAGGCAAGAUUACAAACAAGCUGCUUGAGUGGCAUGCUAGCGACUCCGGUCAAUAUUUGGUUUCCUCAAAUGCCUAUAACGGGAGUGCCUGGGAGUGCUACAUAUGCCAUAGAACGUUCGAGACUUCAUCCGCGCUCAGCCAGCACCUGAACUCACCUACGCAUAAGCAGCAAAUCUAUCAUUGUCCCAAUGUCAGCAAGUGUAGCAAGCAGUUCACCACUUUGGCAGCUUUGUUCAAUCACCUAGAGAGCGAAUCUUGUUCGUAUAUGAGAUUCGAGAAUGUUCAGAGGAAUGCGCAAGGUCUUCUUACAGGAAGGAAGCUCAUAGGAUUUUGAUCGCAUCCGCGACCACGGAGACCACAUCUGAGCAAACCCAUGGAAGAACACGUCUGAGAAUCCAUGACAGACUCAUCGCCUAUGUUGCGUUGCUCUUGGAUGAGUGUUUACUGGCCUCUUAUGGCAUGUCUCAACAUUGU